AUGCCAUGUGCUAGAGCGGUGAGGCAGUGGGAGAUCAGGCCCACGUCUGCUCUGUGGGUGAUCAGACGCACCAGGGCCCUGAUGUGGCAGUGGAUACGGGGACUCGUCCGGGCCUGCCGGCAUGGUGUGGGAUACUCAAUGAACUACAGUGACCCGAUCCAAGAGGAACAGGAGAUGGUGUGCCUUGAGCCCAUGGGAUCAGAGCGGAUGGAGAUGCGAAAGAGGCAGAUGUCGGUGCAGCAGGAGUCGGCAGCAGGGGGAACUGCACCGCCCCAGCAGGGCCAGCCGGGCCAGGCCAACCCACGGGGCUCAAACGCAUGUUGCUUCUGCUGGUGCUGCUGCUGUAGCUGUUCCUGGAAUGAAGACCGGGAUGAAAGGAACCGAAAGGCUUCUUAUGACGUCAAGGAAGGGACCCCAGACUGUGAAGACUGUCCUAAGCCCACGCUGGAGGAGGUGCGCUUAUGGGGGCAGUCGUUUGACAAGCUGAUGUGUUGCCCAGCGGGGAGGAACUCCUUCCGACAGUUUCUUCGCACUGAGUUCAGCGAGGAGAACAUGCUCUUCUGGUUAGCCUGUGAUGAGUUCAGCCAAGAGACCAAUAAGAGCACAAUAGAGGAGAAGGCUCGGGUCAUCUACGAGGACUACAUCUCCAUUCUCUCACCUAAAGAGGUGAGCCUUGACUCCCGCGUGCGUGAGACGAUCAACAGGAACAUGCAGGAACCCAACUUGCACACAUUCGACGAUGCCAAGCUGCAGAUCUACACACUAAUGCAAAGAGACUCGUAUCCCCGCUACAUGAACUCCCCAGCCUACAAAAACCUGCUCAACACUCUGUCAGAGCAGUCCCCCGAAUCUUAGGGUGGUGUUGACCUGUGAUCUUUUAACUGUCUUUAACCCCCUCCCCCCCAAAAUCCUUACCACCUUUUUUAAAAUUUUCUUUGUAUGUUCAGUGUAGGAUUACAUGAACCGGGCCUCGGGCCUGGCCCCUCCCAGGGAUCUCAGCGCUAAUGUGAUCUGCACCUGACCGAAGACACUCAGGUCUCAAAAUCUCCCGAGGGCUCGACAUCACAAGUACUGCUACAGAUCAACAUAGCAAAACACUCCAAAGGAAUAUGAAUACAUUUUGUUUCUGUUUUCUUUCUUUUGAUAGAAAUAAUCUAUUUUAUUUGUGUUCAGAGUUUUUUAUGGUCUGUUGUUUUUUUGUAUAAUUGUUUGGGGGGAAAAUGAUUCCUACUGUAGACUAUAUAUUUAUGAGUUUGUAAAUAGUAAAAAUGGAAUUGUGGGUAUUUUAUGUAGAAACGCCUGGUUCUAUUUACUGCGUAUGAAAAUCAAAGCUCAAGUCAAAGGCUACGUGUUAGCUCUACUUGCAGGCAGCUUUGUGGGGUAUUGUAUGAUUUUACCUUGGUUUCAUCCUGUUUUGUUUCCUAACCUCACACUUUGGUACCUGUGACAUCGACUUGGCAACUCCAUGUAGAAACUGUGCGUGAUUGAAACAACUGUAAGUGUGGUUAUCAGAGAAGUAACAGAAAGUGACACUAGCUAUUGCAAUUUUUUUCCUUAAGAAACUUAAAUCAAUGAUGGAAGGGUAUUUUAACUUUCUUUACUCAGUCUCUUAACCACAGAAGAUUGCCUAUUUAAGAUUUAAUGUUUGUUUUUUUAUUCAAGUGUUACUCAAUGCACACCUCAUAGAUUUAAUAUAGUUUUACCAGUGUGACAUAAGAACCUAUGUAAAUCUAUUUACCAGAUAAAGUAUUUUUUAUUUAUUGAUAUCUAUUGCCAAUACAGAAAUACCAACAAGUACAAAUUAUAUUUAAGUUCUAUAUGGAGUAAACUAUACUAUUAGGUUAGGUAGGUAAAUCUCAGGAACACUUUAUUUUAUGAGUUAUUUCCUGUAAUUUCCUAUUAAUUUCUUGGCUGUUUCCUAAAGAAGAACUAAGAAAUGUGGUACUAGUUUUGGAGAAAAUAAGAAUUGCGCCAUUUAAACCCAUGUAAAACAGCUAUCCUGACUCUAUUUAAAAGUAAAAAAAAAAAAUACAUAAAAAUAUCUUGUGUUUAAUCCAUAGAAUCCAUAGAAAACGUCUAAAACAGACAACCAGUGGCGACUAAAGGAAGUUCCUGCUCCCAGCCAACAAAUAGUCUGCCACAGAACCACCGAUUAAAACAGCUAUUUUCAGAUUUUAUACUUUGUAUGGAUUAAACAAACAAGAUAUUAUGUGUUAAAAAGCUUUAGAGGUGCUGGUAAGAGGAUUUUGUAACUGUUGGACAGAGCCAAGCUAGCUGUUUAUACCUAUUUCCAGUCAUUAUAAGGUAAGCUAGCCUAUUGGUCAGACAUUAGAGUGAUAUUGAUUUUCUCACCUAAUAAAAGCAAAUACAUGUAUUUAAUUCUCCAUUUAAGUGCUUUUGCCUGGAGACAAAUUUGAGUUUUUUUCAUGUUCAGCUGACAAUUAUUUCAAAUGAAUGAACUGGAUGUUACUGCCUCUACCUUUACCAAUAAUUAGUACUUAAAUAUGUAGUUCUUCUCAGGAAACUUCUUGGAUAUUAACAGGAAAUUACAGACAGGUAAAAUAAAGCAUCACUGAGAUUUGUGAGAAAAUGUUUGAUAGCUCGUGGAGUCAUUUGUGUAUCAUCCUGCAACUUUGACUUAAAAAUCGGUUUUAAAAUCCCACCUGCAAUAUAAAAUUGACUUCUGAUUAAAACUGACUCUGGGGGUCAGGCCAGGUUAGCAGCAACACCAAAGCUACCAUGUAAACUGUGUUCAUACGCUUGUCGAAAAGCGUUUCCAUUGACUAAAAUUGGAGUUGCCAAGUGUUAAAUACGUUUAUGUAUUCUGAUAGUUUUAGUUGAAUUACUUUGUUGCCUCACAAACAUGUCACUCAAAGACAAGAUCCUCACAUGGGGAAGUGCCUUGACAUUCAAUUUUAUGACAUCUUUCUCAUGGGCAACAGUUGUUUUCAGACUCUUGCCAUAAGGGUGGUUACUGGAGCACGACACCAGUUUACUGGAAAUUGUCCCUUUCUUUGGCCAAACUAUUGCAUGUGUUUUGUCUUGAUUCCUUAGUCGUGACUACAUCAGUCCAUUUUGGUAGCGCUACUAAACAGAAUGGCGGAGGGUAAUGACAACACAUGUCUUUAUUUGCUGAGGACAUAAAGAUCAAUGGACAGGGCUGGUUGAUCUGAACUUCUUGCCAACCUGUGUGCUUCACGGUGGCACUUUUACUUGUCUUAGAGUUAACUUUAACUUACUAUGUGCAAUUUGAGCAGAUGGAUACACCGCGCAGAUCAACCUCAAAACACAAUCUAAGCCAAUGGUUUGGAGUGAUGCCUAUAAAUGUUGUUUCUUCUUCUGUUUACUAUAUGAAAUGUGUUAUUUUGCGCUGAGUUUACUGAAGAAUACAUUUUUAAAAAACAAAUAAUGUGAAUGUUUACAGUAUAUGGUUUAGUUUUUUUUUUUUUCUGCUACUCUCCAAGAAAAUAAUGA